AUGUUAUCUGAAUUGGGCAGGAGACAGAUGCUUGGUAAUAAUGAAAAUUCCUUUGGAGAUGACUUGGAGAAGGAGAUAGGGUUUUUGCUCCGUGAACAGCGGCGCCAAGAGGCUAUUGAUCGUGAAAAGGAGCUGAAUUUGUACAGGAGUGGGUCAGCUCCGCCUACUGUUGAGGGUUCUCUGAGUGCUGUUGGUGGGUUGUUUAACCAUGGUAUUGGCGGCAACAGCGGCAAUAACUCUGCCUUUGCUGAGUAUGCAAAAACCAAGAGCGGUAAUGGUUUCAUGUCAGAGGAGGAGCUUAGGUCUGAUCCAGCAUAUUUAUCUUACUAUUACUCAAAUGUCAAUCUGAACCCAAGGCUGCCGCCGCCUCUGUUGUCGAAGGAGGAUUGGCGGUUUGCGCAGAGGUUACAAGGAGGGAAUUCGACUAUUGGGGAUAGGAGGAAGGUGAAUAGGAUUGAUACUGAUGGUGGUGGGGGAUCCCUGUUUUCGAUGCCACCUGGAUUCAAUUCUAAGAACCAAGAGAGUGAGAGUGAGAUGGAUAACGUGCAGGGUUCUGAAGAAUGGGGUGUUGAUGGAUUGAUUGGUUUGCCUGGAUUAGGGCUGGGUAGCAAACAGAAGAGUUUUGCGGAAAUAUUUCAGGAUGACUUGUCCCGUGCUACUCCUGUAUCUAGGCACCUUUCACGCCCAGCAAGCCAAAAUGCUUUUGAUGAGAAUGCUGAUAACAUGGGUUUGGCAGAGGUUGAGCUGGCUCAUUUGCAUCGCAAAUUGACAUCUUCAGACCCUGUACGCUCUGCUUCAAAUAUUCAGACCUCAUCUGCUGCUCAACAUGUUGGACCGCCUGCAUCAUAUUCUUAUGCCGCUGCUUUGGGAGCUUCCUUGUCAAGAAGCUCCACUCCUGAUCCUCAACACAUUGCUCGGGCUCCUAGUCCUUGUCUUACCCCUAUCGGAGGAGGCAGGAUAGGAACUUCCGAAAAGAGAAGCAUUAACAGCCCUAAUGCCUUAAACGACUUUUCUACUCGCAUGAAUGAGUCCGCUGACCUGGUAACUGCUUUGUCAGGCAUGGGUCUUUCAACUGGGGCUAUGGAUGAGGAGAAUCAUAUACCAUCUCGAAUUAAACAAGAAGUCGAAGACCAUAAGAAUUUCUUCAAUCUUCCUGCUGGUCAGAAUAACCUGAAGCAGCAUGCAUAUAUGAAGAAAUCUGAAUCUGGACAGUUCAAUAUGUCUUCUGUUCCUCAGCCAGCAAGAAUGAUGCCUUCUGACACUGGUGUGAGCAGUGGUGGCGGCAGUUCUUCUCUUCAAACUGAGCUUCACAAAACCAGCAUUUCUUCUAAAAACUCUUUUGUACAUGGAUCUUCCACCUCUAUAGUUAAUGGUGGAAGCGGCAUACUUUCUCAGUAUCCACGUUUGGAUAGUCCAAAUUCAUCAUUUUCGAACUAUAGUUUGGGUGGCUACCCCAUGAGUCCAAUAUCAGGCCAGUUUGGUAAUUCUAAUUUGCCCCCUUUGUUUGAAAAUGCUGCUGCUGCAUCUGCUAUGGCCGUGCCUGGAAUGGACUCUAGGAUGUUGGGGGGAUCAAAUCUGGGAGCUGCUGCGUUAGACCAGAACAUCAGUCGAAUGGGAAAUCAGAUUGCAGGGAGCAGAUUCCAGGCGCCUUAUGUUGAUCCUUCUGAGUAUGCAGCAGCGCAGCUUGCAGCUCUUUAUGAUCCUUCUUUGGAUAGAAACUACAUGGGUAAUUCGUACAUGGACUUGCUUCAGAAAGCUUAUCUUGGUACUCUGUUAUCCCCACAUAAAUUGCAGUAUGGUGUUCCCUUGAGUGGCAAGACAAGUGGUUCUAGUCCUCACGGUUACUAUGGAAAUCCAGCAUUUGGCAUUGGGUUGUCAUAUCCUGGAAGCCCAUUGGCUAGCCCUGUAAUUCCAAACUCUCCUGGAGGACCUGGUAGCCCUAUGAGGCAUGGUGAGUUCAACAUGAGAUUCCCUGGUGGGAUGAGAAACAUAGCUGGUGGUGUCAUGGGACCUUGGCAUUUGGAUAACCUGGACAAUAGCUUCAGUUCGUCUCUGUUGGAAGAGUUUAAGAGCAAUAAAACAAAGUGUUUUGAACUUUCGGAGAUUACUGGCCACGUUGUUGAAUUCAGUGCUGACCAGUAUGGAAGCCGAUUCAUUCAACAAAAACUUGAAACUGCUACAGUAGAAGAAAAGAACAUGGUUUUCUCCGAAAUUUUUCCUCAAUCUCUUACUUUGAUGACUGAUGUGUUUGGCAAUUAUGUUAUCCAGAAGUUUUUUGAGCAUGGAAUGGCAUCUCAGAGAAGAGAAUUGGCUGACAAGCUUUUUGGACAUGUACUUACACUUAGCUUCCAAAUGUAUGGAUGUCGGGUGAUACAGAAGGCAAUAGAAGUUGUUGAUUUGGAUCAAAAGAUCAAGAUGGUUGAAGAGCUUGAUGGACAUGUCAUGCGCUGUGUGCGGGAUCAAAAUGGGAACCAUGUCAUCCAGAAAUGUAUUGAGUGUGUUCCUGAGGAGCAUAUUCAAUUUAUCGUGUCAAUAUUCUUUGACCAAGUUGUGACUCUCUCCACUCAUCCAUACGGGUGCCGUGUGAUACAGAGAGUGCUAGAGCACUGCAAGGACCCUAUUACCCAGGACAAAGUAAUGGAAGAGAUUCUGGGGUCUGUAAGUAUGUUGGCGCAAGAUCAGUAUGGCAAUUAUGUCAUUCAGCACGUCCUGGAGCAUGGAAAGCCACUUGAGCGAUCUGCUAUAAUUCAAGAAUUAACUGGGAAGAUAGUUCAAAUGAGUCAGCAGAAGUUUGCUUCGAAUGUUGUUGAAAAGUGCUUGACUUUUAGUGAUUCAAAUGAGCGUCAGCUCUUGGUGAAUGAGAUGCUUGGAACAACUGACGAGAAUGAGCCUCUGCAGGCUAUGAUGAAAGAUCAAUUCGCAAAUUACGUUGUACAGAAAGUACUUGAGACAUGUAGUGAUCAGCAGCGUGAGCUGAUAAUGUCAAGAAUAAAAGUUCAUCUGAAUGCACUGAAGAAGUACACAUAUGGGAAGCAUAUUGUAGCCCGUGUAGAGAAACUUGUUGCAGCUGGAGAAAGGAGAAUUGCUGCCCAGUCUUCACAUCCUGCUUAG